AUUGAAACUGAAAGCUACUAAUACGGCAUCGUAUAACUGACUAAUUCCAGUAAAUCAACCAGGCCAUUACGGCCACGCCCCCGUCCUUCUCUCCUCUGACUUGUUCGCUCUUCUUAGUUCUUUCCUUCCCAGAAACUUUCUUUCGCUUACUCCCAGCAAACAAAUAUCUUCUUCUUCCCCUAAUUUCUUAAUCUUCAAGGAAUUCCCCCCUUUUCUCAUCCUCUCCCUCCCAACAAAAAUUCCCUUUUUUCCUUUUUGUCUUGUUGGGUCUGGGGUUGGAGCGGAAAUUUUUGGUUUUUUACGGUAUUAAUAAUUAGUUAUGGAACCGUCAAAUUCCCCUGAUUCUCGUACGAGUUCCGGUGCCGGUUCCGCGCCGUCGUCUCCGCGCGAUCCUAUUAACGUUCCAUCUUCAAGGAGCUACGGAAUCCAAUUUCCUCCGGCCCUGCGUUAUCUUCGCACCCCACUCUCUUCCUUGCUCGAACACUCGGGUUUGUUGAGGGUCCGACCCGACAAUUCCGAAGAAGCUGACCCUCUUGUUUUUGGCGGCGGAAGAAUCAAUAAUAGCGAUACCAAUUUUAGUUCUAGCGGUGAGGCUACAAUCGCCGCUGCGAGAAGUAGUAACGUCAGCAGUACCGGUAGUAAUACUACCCCUUCUUUGAGUCCGGGUAACGGGGAGGUUUCUAUUCGGAUAAUCGGGCCCGGGGAAGGGGAUCGUGUUGGGUCAGAUGACGGCGACAAUGAUUCGGCGUCGGCCGUCGGAGCCGUGGAUGGAGUUGGUCAGGAUAGGAAUUUUGAUGGGGCGGCCGCGGCUGGGGACUCCUCGAUUGAUGGGAAUGGGGACAAUGGAAGCAAUAGGGGGGAGUCUUCGUAUCAGAGGUAUGACAUUCAGCAGUUUGCCAGAUGGGUUGAGCAGAUUCUUCCCUUUUCUUUGUUGCUAUUGGUCGUCUUCAUUCGCCAGCACCUGCAAGGGUUUUUUGUCACUAUUUGGAUCACUGCCUUCAUGUUCAAGUCAAAUGACAUUCUUAAGAAGCAAACAGCUUUGAAGGGAGAGAGAAGGAUGUUUGUCCUCAUCGGUUAUUUCAUGGUCUUUAUUCUUCAUGUACUUGGAAUCUACUGGUGGUAUCGGAAUGAUGAUAUUUACUAUCCACUAUUCAUGGUUCCUCCGAAGUCAAUCCCACCUUUUUGGCAUGCAGUUUUCAUCAUCCUUGUCAAUGAUACAAUGGUAAGGCAAACUGCUAUGGCCGUGAAGCUGGCGUUGCUGAUGUAUUACAAGAAUGGCAGGGGCCACAAUUUUCGGAGACAGGGUCAGAUGUUAACUUUGGUGGAGUACACAUUGUUGCUAUACCGUGCAUUGUUACCGACUCCUGUGUGGUAUCGGUUCUUCUUGAACAAAGAAUAUGGUAGUCUGUUUUCGUCGUUGACAACAGGAUUGUAUCUGACAUUCAAGCUUACAUCUAUUGUUGAAAAGGUGCAAUCCUUUCUGGCAGCCUUGAAGGCAUUGUCUAGAAAAGAAAUCAAUUACGGGUCUUAUGCCACAUCUGAACAGGUACAUGAAGCAGGGGAUUUGUGUGCCAUAUGCCAGGAGAAGAUGCAUAUUCCAAUUUUGUUACGCUGCAAGCACAUAUUUUGCGAAGACUGUGUGUCAGAAUGGUUAGUGAUUUUUCUUUCUUCUGCUGCUCGGAUAUUUUGCCCAAUAUGCCCCUUAUUGUGACAAAUAUUAUGAUGUGCUUUCCUCGUUUUGGAUAGCAUUCAUUAUCUUGCUGGGAUUAUUCAUGCUUUAUAUAUGAUCUGGAAGAGGAAAUGAAACUUUGGUGUGUCUUUAGUGUGUGAUUGGACAUACGGUUAAAAUGCCCACCUCCUUCCAUCCUACUUUAAAUUCAAACUAUCUCAUAUUACAAUCUUUAUCUUUGUAAUCUGGAGCUAUUGCUGUUAAUUUGAACUAUGAAAUAGUGACUACUAGCUGAUUUACUGCUUACCUGACCAGUUUGAAAUGAAUGACUUUCAGGUUUGAAAGAGAAAGAACUUGCCCUCUCUGCAGGGCACUGGUGAGACCAGCUGAUUUAAGGUCAUUUGGAGAUGGUUCGACAAGCUUGUCUAUCCAGAUGUUUUGAAAAUUUUGAUACUUUUCUCACCGGCAGAUCUCCCCUGUGGUCACAUUUUCCUGAAUGUGCUUUUCGGCUGUAUGUGCGCCGAAUCAUCAUCUCCAUCUCCAUCUCCCUCGCCCUACUUGGUCAUCUUUGAAGAAGGUGCUCCUUUUUGGUGGGAUUGCUUUUAUGCAUUGGACAGAGGAGACUCAGAGGAUCAAGAGCAGUAUAUAGUCUAAUCCUGGAUAUUGUAUCGCUUUAGCAAUUGCAACUGUAAAUGUAAAUUUCAACACUAGACACAAAGGAAAAAAAGAAGGGGGAAAAGAGAGACGUUUCAUUUCUUCUUGCACUUCUUCCAUUUGAGAUUUUGUUUGUGGACACAUUAUUUUAACAUUUUGUCCAUAGUGCUUUCAAGAUGAGCAAAAAAAACUCAAUUCUGGGUACCUUGUCUAUGUUUUUUUAUUGGGAAAAUGUUAAAUUGAUGCCUAAAACUUUGAUGGGUUGCAAUAUCAUUGUAGAGUCACUAUUGUGAUACUGUUAUAGUUUGAUGCAUAAGUUACGAUUAUUAGCUGUUUAUCGCUUGUCAUGCUUUUCUGCAGGGUAGGAGGCAGCAACAGUUAAAAAAUGUGCUUUUAAGGGUGGA